AUGACCGAAUGUAUCGGCUACCUGGGACCGGCCGGAACCUACACAGAGCAGGCUGCGCUACUGUACGCUCCAGAAGCCACCCUGAAGCCGUAUCCGACCAUUAACGCGGUUGGGGCCGCAGUGGCCAAUAGUGAGCUGGACGCUGGCGUGGUGCCGAUCGAAAACAGUUUGGAAGGGUCGGUUACCUUCACGCUGGACCUGUUGAUUAGCCAGUCUGGGCUGUCGAUUCGCAACGAGGUGGUGAUUCCGAUUGACCACUAUCUGGUGGCGCCGCGUGGGGUUGAAGCGGACGUGGUGCGGGUGAUUUAUUCGCAUCCGCAGGCGUUGGCUCAAUGCCGCGGCUACCUGGAGUUGCGGUUCCCACAGGCGCAAAACGAGGCGUCGUUGAGCACGGUUGCCGCAGUGGCUGAUAUGCAGGCGAGCGUGGUGCCGGCGGCGGCGAUCUGUCCGCAGCGGGCGACGGAAAUUUAUGACGUGCAGGUGCUGGACCGGGGAAUUCAGGACAGCCCGGUGAACCAGACCCGGUUUGCCGUCCUCGCGCGCGCCGACCACGCGCCAACCGGCCAUGACCGCACCUCGAUUUGUUUCUCGUUUACGGUAGACCGACCGGGGAGUUUGUACCAUUGUAUCGGCGAAUUUUCGGAGCGGAAUAUUAAUCUGGUCAAGAUAGAAAGCCGGCCCACGAAACAGGCGUUGGGCAGGUAUAUCUUUUUGAUUGAUUGCAUUGGGCACCGCGCGGAACCCGACGUAGCCGCAGCGCUGGAGGGUUUGCGCCAGCGCGUGGAUAUGUUCAAGAUACUGGGCUCUUAUCCGUUGUGGGAACCGGCCGACGGGUGA